GGACCUCUUCUUAGUAUGCUAUUUUCUGAUUCCAGCACUGGAGCUAGAAAGAUGGCAGAGACCAAAUGAGUGACUGUGGAAUCCAGAAGUCAGUCAUAGUGUCUGCCCUGAGGUGUGGGUAGAGGGAGGCCAGGAACUGGCAUUAGUCUGAAGAUAGACCCCAGAUCUGACAGUUCUUUUCAUUGAGAAGACAUUGCUACAGAGUCUGCAGUUGAUUCCAGUUGACCCUUGAACAACAUGGGUUUGAAAGACCUGAGUCUACUUAUAUGGGGAGCUUUUUCAAUAACGUACAGUACUGUAAAUAUAUUUUUUCUUAUUUUCUUAAUAACAUUUUAUUUUCUCUAGCUUACUUUAUUGUAAAGAUACAGUAUAUACUACAUACAACAUACAAAUAUGUGUUAAUUGAGUGUUUAUGUCAUUGUUAAGUCUUCCUGCCUGAACAGUUGGCUAUUGGUAGUUCAGUUUUGGGGGAGUCAAAAGUUAUAUGCAGAUUUUUGACUGGGAGUGUGCGUUAUUCAACGGUCCACUAUAUUUGCAUAAGUAGGGAAAAAAACCCCAACCCCCAUUGACUUAAGCACUCUAUCUGCAAUCUCAAUUUUGUAAUCUCAUAAAUUUGGGUUGCAGUGAAGGUGGGAAAAAUAAGAGGUACAAGGAUGUGAGAAGGAUAAAAACAAAUAUACAUACAUACACACAUAUAUAUAUAUAUGUGUGUGUGUGUGUGUGUGUGUGUGUGUGUGUGUGUGUUUUACUUUGAAUAUCUGUAGCUCUUUUUGAUGAGAAUUUAAAAGGAUAGGACAUGUAUUCCAGCUGAUACAGAAGAAAGAGUAAUUCCCUGUGGGGAGUGGAGAAGAAAGGUGCAAAGAGAAUAGCAGGCAGUUUAAGGUAGAAAGGCAUCACCUCUAAUACAGAACUUAGUACUGCUGUGCCCCAAAUAGACAAAAAGCACUUAUCACAUGAACAGAAGAGGUUAUGAUUAAGUUGUUGUCAAAGAACAUUAAAAGGAGUAAAUCAGGAAUCUGACCAGAAUGUAUUGGUGUACCACGAAUAUGUAAGAUGGCCUGGUUUUCCUUCUUUCCCCUCUUCAGGGGAUUUAAAAUGCUACCCUGUGCUGCUUUCUUGCUAUGCUGGCGCUUUUCUAUGCGAAGGCAUGCCUGGACCUUCCGAACAGGUUGGAACCCAGGUUGUCGAAGGCGUCAAGGCUGUAUUUCUCAGCUACUACAAGUUACCUAAGACAUUAGCAACAGAGCACUCCAAAAUACUGUGUCCAUGGGGACAUCAGAGGUUUCUUCACAAAAUGGUCUGUAGGCUGACAUUCCAAAAGCGCAGGUGGCGAUGCUCCAGUCAGCCUGGAAAAGAGUAUAUGUUAUGCCGGUGACUCUCCAAACCACCAAGGUCAUCAGACCUAGUGAAGUUGGCUUAUGUUGCCUUCCAGACACCCUUAACGAAGGCUUUGUCCGUAAAGCUCUGAAGUCAGCGAGUGGAUUUCAUCAAACCCCACGCCACAGCAAACUAGACCUCAGGGCGGGAGCAUCGUUUAACUUCCCGAUUGGCCCUUUCAGCCUCCAUUCAAAGGCUCGUAACUGUCUUUCCUGGCGCAUGCGCGUCACCUGCUUCCGGCGGAGGCGCUAGGUGUACCCGCCUUUCCGGCUCGGGUGGAAUUCCUAUCCCGUUUUCCUCGGCCUCGGUGUCUCCAUGUGCCAUGACUCCGGGCUCAAUUCCCUUUCCCGAAGGGCCGCUCUUAAAGCUCCUACCCUUAGACGCUAGGGACCGGGGCACCCAGCGCUGUCGCCUGGGCCCAGCAGCCUUCCAUGCCUUGGGCGCGCACUUGGGCUCGGCGGUGAAGAUCUCGCUGCCUGAGGGUGGCUCCUGUCUCUGCAUCGCCUGGCCGCGGCGGGAUGGAGCGGACGGCUUUCUGCAACUGGACCCGCAGUGCGCGAGCCCAGGGUCGGCGGUGGGGGCGCCGGGGUCCAGGGGGACUCUCAGCCUGAGCAGCCUCCGUCUGGUGCCCUGCCCGCCCCUUCGGCGCCUCACUGUGUGGCCGGAGCUGCGGGAGCCAGCGGGCGCGCCCGGUGCCCCGAAUCCAGCCGUGGUGCUGGAGGCUGCGCAGGAGCUGCUGAGGAACCGACCGGUCUCCCGGGGCCACGUGGUGGUCGCCCCGCCGGAAGCCCCCGGCCCGGUGGCCGCCCUGCACAUCGUCAACGGGGUGCCCAGCCUGGAUCCGGCCGGGCUGGUCACGCCUCACACCAGCAUCGGUCUCAGCGCGGUGUCUCCGUCGGAAGCGCAGCCGCAGCCCGAGGUGCCCUUGGGGGGCCUUUCGGAGGCGGCGGACUCGCUGAGGGAGCUCCUCUGCCUGCCACUCCGCUACCCCCGCGCCUUGGCCGCGCUGGGGCUAGCAGUGCCCCGCGGGGUGCUCCUGGCGGGCCCUCCCGGAGUGGGCAAGACCCAGCUAGUGCGGGCGGUGGUCCGGGAGGCGGGCGCGGAGCUGCUGGCCGUGAGCGCCCCCUCGCUGCAGGGCAGCCGGCCGGGGGAGACCGAGGAGAACGUGCGGCGGGUCUUCCAGCGCGCCCGGGAGCUUGCUAGCCGUAAGCCCACUCUCCUCUUCCUGGACGAGGUGGAUGCCCUGUGUCCCCGGCGGGGCGGCCCACACCAAGCCCCCGAGAGCCGCGUGGUGGCCCAGGUGUUGACGCUGCUAGACGGCAUCAGUGGGGAUCGCGAGGUGGUGGUUGUGGGAUCCACCAACCGGCCGGAGGCGCUAGACCCAGCGCUGCGCAGACCUGGGAGAUUUGACCGAGAGGUUGUCAUUGGGACGCCCACACUUAAACAGAGAAAGGAGAUUCUACAAGUGAUUACCUCAAAGAUGCCCAUCUCCAGUCAAGUUGAUUUUGGCCUCCUUGCAGAAAUGACAGUUGGCUACGUUGGCGCAGAUCUGACCGCACUCUGUAGGGAGGCUGCCAUGCAUGCUCUGCUUCUUAGUGAGAAGAACCAGGACAAUCCAAUGAUUGAUGAAACAGACUUCCUUGAAGCUUUUAAAAAGAUUCAACCUUCAUCCUUUCGAAGUGUCAUUGGACUGAUGGACAUCAAGCCUGUUGGCUGGGAGCAGAUUGGUGGCCUCGAAGAUGUAAAACUGAAGUUAAGGCAGAGCAUUGAAUGGCCUCUGAAAUUCCCACGGGAAUUUGUUAGGAUGGGCCUGACACAACCAAAGGGAGUCCUCCUGUAUGGUCCUCCUGGAUGUGCUAAAACCACCCUGGUUAGGGCCCUGGCCACAAGCUGUCAUUGCUCUUUUGUUUCAGUGAAUGGAGCUGAUCUCUUUUCACCUUUUGUUGGAGAUUCAGAAAAAGUCUUGUCUCAGGUCUUUCGACAAGCAAGAGCAAAUACUCCAGCAAUUGUGUUUUUGGAUGAAAUUGAUUCAAUCUUGGGCUCACGGUCAAUCAGCAAAACAGGAUGUAAUGUUCAAGAGCGUGUUCUUUCUGUUCUCCUGAAUGAAUUAGAUGGUGUUGGACUGAAGACUAUAGAGAGAAGAGGAAGUAAAUCAGAUCAACAGGGUAAAUACAAGGAGCUGAAAAAAAAUGAAGAGUUAGAGUUUCAAGAAAUUUUUAAUCGAAAUGUCAUCAUUGUGGCGGCAACAAAUAGACCUGAUGUGUUAGAUGAUGCCUUGUUACGGCCUGGAAGAUUAGAUAAGCUUAUUUAUAUUCCACCUCCAGAUGAAAAGGGCAGGCUUUCUAUUUUAAAAGUCUGUACAAAAAAUAUGCCAGUGGGGCCUGAUGUUUCUUUAGAAAAGCUAGCAGCAGAAACCUGUUUUUUCUCUGGUGCUGAUCUUGGAAACCUCUGCAAAGAAGCAGCGUUGUUGGCUCUGCAAGAAAAUGGACUGGAAGCAACCACAGUGAAACAAGAGCACUUUCUAAAGUCACUUAAGACUGUAAAACCGUCCUUAAAUCACAAGGAUUUGACUUUAUAUAAAAACUUAUUUCAGAAACAAGGACUUUCUAACUUAGAGGAAAUUUAAAAAUUACAUACCUGCUCAAGGAUAAAUUGAAAUGUGAACUUGCAGUGUAGUUUGCAGCCUCAUACUUUUUAGAGUUUGUGUGCAUGUUAUUUCCUGUAAAUAAAAACACUGCGCCUGAGGAGCUAAGAUUCAUCUUAUUUCUAAAAAGUCUAUUAAAACAUCAUAAUUUAGGAAGAAAGUAUAUGUGUGUUGAUUUUAUAGUGGGGAGGUAGUUUUUGUUCAUUUGAUUACUUUUUAAAACUAUUUUGAAAUAAUUUCAUACAGAAAAGUUGUAGGAACAGUACAAACAACUCUAAGGAACUCUUAUAUACUCUUAACCUGGAUUCACCAAUUUUUAACAUUUUGCCGUGUACUGAACUAUAGGCACACCUCGUUUUAUUGUGCUUUGUUUUAUUGUGCUUCACAAUUGUUGUGUUUUUCACAAAUUGAAGGUAAGAGCCUCCCCUCCAGCUUAUUUUAUUGUGAUACUCGCUUUAUUACAGUGGUCUGGAACCAAACCUGUAAUAUCUCUGGGGUCUGCCUGUAUUUAAGAAUAGAUAGUGUACUUAAUGUCCCUUUAUCCCCUUAAUAAUUCAGUGUAUAUUUCUUAAAAAUAAGGUAAUAUUUCUUAUAUGACCACAGUGCAGUUAUCAGAUUCAGGAAAUUGAACAUUGAUACAAUAUUUUAAUCUAUGGUCUCAUGAUUUUCAUCUAUUAUGCCAGCCGGAAAUUUUUUUUUUUUAACAUUUUGAGUUUUAUUUUUUUCUCCUUUUCCACUGUUCUUAUUGUGUAUAUCUUAAGAGGCCAGCAGUGACUUUUUUUUCUAUUGGAUCCAGUCUAGGAUCUUACAUUCCAUUUAGUUGUCCUGUCUCUUUACUUAGCCUUUUAAUCUGGAACAGUUCCUCAGUCUUUCUUGACUGUAACAUUUUUUUAAAAGUACAGACUAAUUUUAUAGAACAAUUGGUUCCUUAUUAGUGUUUGUCUGAUAGCGCAUCAUAAUAGACUCAGGUUAUGUAUCAUCAGUGGAACAUGAUAUAAGUGCUGUCGUGUCCUCAGAGAGCAAGCUGGAGGCAUGUGACAUCUCUAUAUUAUUGGUCAGGUUCAUUUUGAUCUCUUGUUUAUGGUAUUGUCCAGUUUCUCCACUGUAUAGCUACUAAUUUUUCCUUUUGUAAUUAUAAGUAUUUUUUAAGGUGAUAAAUUAAUUACAUGUAUGUUUUUUCCUUCAUUACAAAAGUAAUUAGAAUGCUAGAAAAUGUAACAAAUAUAAAGAAAACACUUGGAUAUUUAACGUACCAGUCCCUUAUGUUUGUAUAGGUAAGACAUGGUACUAUGUAACUUUUUUCUUACCUAAUAAUACCUAAUAAGCAUUAAGCAAAACCUCACUGUUUUUGGAAUAAUUAAGGAAAAGACCUGUCUUACUUAUAGGUAUAAUAUAUAAUUCAAUUAAAAUUAUUCUAACAAA